AUGCCCAUUUCGCAAUGUGGUACCUGGCCAGCUUUUUGGGCUUAUGGAAGUAAUUGGCCCAUGGGUGGCGAGAUCGAUAUCCUCGAGGGUGCCAACCUUGCCUACACUAACAUCAUGUCUGCGCAUACAGCUGAGGGCUGCAUGCUUGAUCCCGCGGACUCAAACCUCUUCUCCGGCAUACGCCGCAACUUGGAUUGUGGUGUUGGGACGAACAACGUUGGAUGCGGUUUCAACCCUCCUAAAAGUGACACGUCCUCAUACGGUGAUGGCUUCAACGCUGUUGGUGGUGGUGUAUACGCCAUGGAAUGGGACUCGGAAUACAUUUCGAUCUGGCACUUCCCACGAGGAGCAAUCCCGGCUGACAUCGAGGCCAAGCAACCCGACCCUAGGAAUUGGGGGUUGCCUCAGAGCCUUUUUGGUGGCGCCAAGUGUGAUGUCGAUAAGUAUUUCAGCGACAUGAAGCUUGUUCUAAAUAUCAACUUUUGCGGCGACUACGGUGAAGGCACUUGGGCAAACUCCAAAGUCUGCAAAGCUCUUGCACCGACUUGUCGUGAGUAUGUUGCGAACAACCCUACCGCAUUUAAGGAGGCGUACUUCGAUGUUAGCUAUAUCGACGUUUACACACGUCUUGGAGGAAACAUCCCGCCUAUCCUUCCAUCAUCUGCCAGUGAAGCAUCUACACAGGCCUCAGAUGUUAUUAUUACUGGAGAGUCCGCCACCACUACCCCAAUGUCAGGAAGACCUGUGUUCCCAAGCACGAAUUUCCACGACAACAGCACCAUCGCCACCCGUACCGACCGCAAAGGGAAGGCUACGCAGUCAGAGGAGCCAACGACUACGACCACAUUGACAAUGACAGGCAUCUCGUCAGUCUUGGUUACUAUUCCCGGCUCUGGCACCGACACUCCAACCGUCACGCCCCUUCCCGUUGCUACUGGUGGUAAAUCGGCCAACCCGUCCAAGAUUGGCGAUUACUCGUACCUUGGCUGCUUUGGCUCGCAAAAUGGUUUCCAGACUUUCGACUUGGCUGAUGAUAGCGAUGACAUGACUAUCGAGCGAUGUGUCGAUGCCUGUAAUGGACUGACAUACAUUGGUCUUUUUGAAGGAACCUGUUAUUGUGCAUCCGUACUUGAUGGCGAUACCCUUGCCAUCAGCAACGAGACCUCUUGUAAUCGCCCUUGCCCUGGAGACGAUGCUCAAUUCUGUGGUGGAAUGGUCACUCAGAACACCAGAACUAGGUUCAGACGAACCACUCCUCUGCGCCGCGACGCACCGAGCAACGUUCUCCUGACAGUCUAUGCUGAUAUCUCUGACGUUGAGCUACCAGAAGUCCCUCCUGCUAUGGGACCUGGUACUAAUGAUAUUUCCACUGAUGACGGCGACAGCCAAGGAGACUCGGCCACCGAUGAAUCAGAGAGCCCUACUACCUCAGACGAUAAGGCCAGUCAAGGUGCCUCUGAUGCCGCUGAACCAGAGAACUCUGGUGACUCGGAUGCCACAACCAGUCAGGAAAGCACAAAUGCUGAUGGAUCAGAGGAUCUUACGGCCUCUAAUGAUAACGGUACUCAAGGAGGCUCGACUACUGAUGAUCCCGACGAUUCUACUGCCUCGGAUGGUAAUGCCAGUCAAAGAGGCUCAGAGUCUGAGGACUCAAAGAUUCUCCCUGUUUUAAAUGACAAUAUUGACGCAUCUCUUGCUGGAUCGGCUUCGUCUCCAGGCUCAAGUGCCCAGGGGAGCUCAGAUGAACAAGAUAGCUCAGACGACCAAGACGAUCCGGAUAGCUAUGGCAACUCUAUCCUGCCCAGUGCUGCUGGCGUCGUUCUAUCUGACGAUCAGGACACUUCUCCAGUUGCAGUUAUUGGCACUGCAUCUGAUGGUCUAGUUCUUGGAGCUACCCAGUCUGCUGCCGAUUCCAACCAAGAGCUAUUCCUAAGCACGAUCACAUACUUUACCGUCAUGCCCUCAAACCCCGGGUCACUUGUUCCCCAACAGGGCAUUAUCACAAUGUCAUAUGAGAAGUGUGAUUACUGCGAGACCCCUGAGCUGAUCAAGCCACCGAUGGAGACAAAGGUCGUUGAUUGUGAUGGCUGUGGUCCCAAUGGCGAGGACACUGUCACGUUGACCGUUCCCAUCUCUGUUACCGUCACUGUCCCUGGCGCAAGCACAGAGCAAGCACAGCAGACCGAGAAAGCCGCUGCCGAAGCGGUUACAUCGUACGGAGGCAGUCCAGAACAGCCUCCGCGUAAUUCUACCAUCCUCCCUGCGGUGCCGAACGGAAUGGGUAGCGGCGCAGAAGCCGGAGAGUCUCCUGAGGUCACGACUGUCGUGAUAACAUACUUGACAACUCAACUAGUCACAUAUGGUACCUCCACGGACUCGGUCUCUACUGUGACGAGGACGGCUCGACGAACAGUUGUCAUCACUGUUUCUGACUCUGAUGGACAAAUGAGCAUCUUACCUAUCUCAUCCCCUGGACAACCAAACACACCCGUCACUAUUGCUACACCAACACCUGGCGCACCUAGUGAACCGGUUGCUAUAUCUGCAGCAGCAUCGAGAAGAGAUGAUGUGUUUGUUUACUUUGCCAUCGUGGCGAUGGCAAUUCUGGCCUUGACGCUGUAA